AUGUCUUCGUUAUCUCACGAGACCGACGCGUUGUUGAGUGGCGAGCAGCCGCAGCCGCAGCCGCAGCCGCGGUCGCGCCAUCUGUCACAAUAUUUACACAAUGAGCUCGAUCCACGCCACGGAGACUGGCUAUUGCUAUUCUGCUACAUCAUUACCGGUCUGCUCGACAGCUCAGCGGUUUUCAUAUGGGGCUCCUUCGUCAGCAUGCAGACCGGAAACACCGUCUAUUUUGGCCUUGGUCUAGCUGGCAGUGACGAUGACCGAUGGAUCAAGUCCGGCACCUCCAUUGCGGGUUUCUGUUUCGGAUCCCUCUGUUUCUCUGCUUUCCACCGUGCUUUCGCGCCCCGACAGCGCUGGGUGCUGUGUGCAUCUUUCAUGUUGCAGCUGAUCUGUGUCGUCAGCGCGGCUUUGAUUGUCACUCUUUACCGACCCAUCCGCGAUGCCCCCUAA